GAUCAGCAAUGAUUUAAUUUCAGAUUAAAUUUGAACAAUAGGUUUUUGUUUUGGCGGGCUUUUUCCAUUUUUCAGUGUACUUUGGGGAGGAGACGGUUACUUUCCGCGCUUCUACCUUUACGGACUGCUGAUUGGUGAUUAAGGCAGUUCUUUGAUUGGGACAUUUCUCUUAACCAAUGAGAAUAAGUAAAAUUACACCAAUCACAAACAUCAGUUUGCAUUCUCAAAGAAGGUAUAAAAAGGGCGAGUUGGGGCGGGGUGAACAUUCUUUCAUUCUCGGUGGAGCAGUUACUGUGACUGUGAAAAUGUCUGGACGUGGAAAAGGCACCGCUGGCAAAGCUCGGUCCAAGGCCAAAUCUCGGUCGUCUCGGGCUGGACUGCAGUUCCCGGUCGGCCGGGUUCACAGACUCCUAAGAAAGGGUAACUAUGCUGAGCGGGUGGGUGCCGGAGCCCCGGUCUAUCUGGCUGCUGUGCUCGAGUAUCUGACAGCCGAAAUCCUCGAAUUGGCCGGCAAUGCAGCCCGGGACAAUAAGAAAACCCGCAUCAUCCCCCGACACCUGCAGCUGGCCGUCCGCAACGACGAGGAGCUGAACAAGCUGCUGGGAGGGGUGACUAUCGCUCAGGGCGGUGUGUUACCCAAUAUCCAGGCCGUGCUGUUGCCCAAGAAAACCGGCGGUGCCAGAAGAAUAAAGCCACAGCUAUGAGGAUACGUGCAGCGUCUGAUGACCCUGUGAUCUCUGUCUUGGAGGCCGACAUCAGGCUGUCUUUCAAGAGGCUGAACCCUCGCCGGGCAGCAGGGCCCGAUGGAGAACCUGGUCAGGCUCUGAAACCUGUGCCUACCAACUGCUGGAAGUGGUCAAAGACAUUUUCAAUCCCUCACUGCUACAGUCAAAAGCUCUGACCUGCUUCAAAAUGGCAACAACUGCUCCGGAACCCAAGAAGGUCAGUGUGAGCUGCCUUAACGACUAUUGUCCAGUCGCACUCACAUCUCCGGUUAUGAAAUGCUUUGAGAGGUUGGUCAUGCCCGCCUGAACCCGGCCUUGGCACUAAACACAACAAAAGGCUCUUUUAGGAGCCACUAUCAUGGCAGAGUAAAGGGCUAUCAUCUGCCACACCACUAUUUUGGUUCCCAACCCACUGAUGAAUCAUUUCAAUCCUCCUGCGACACAUUAACAAAUCUGCCCAUAUUUGACCCGGCUGGUUCAAGUGCAGCCUGUCCCACUUCUACAGGUCACCUCAGCCCCAGCAGAGAUCCCAGUGGCUGGAACCCUGAACCUGUUCUCCUGUAUCAGCUCCUCAUCCUCACAUCCACCUGCCCUGUCCUCCUGUUCCUGUCCUUACCAGCACUUGGCAUCAGGAGUAAUCCAGUGAUUACAGAUCUCCUUGUCUCCACCCUCCCCUGCUGUACAUCAGAAUCACAGACCUGGCUGCUGCUGCUCUCCUGAAAGGCCAUGUCUCCUGUUCAUCAAUUCUCCAAGUCAAUCUGCUUCACCAGUCCCAUUAAAUGGAUUCACUUUCCCCUUCAAACCUCCCAUGUCAGGUCUGUAUCUGCUCUGCUCUCUGGACCAUCCAGGAUGUGCCCUCUUUUUAUUAUUACCAUUGGAGAAGAGGUACAGCAACCUGAACACACACUUACUGUUUUAGGAACAGCUUCCUCCUCCCUACUAUCUGAUUUCCAAGUGGUCCAUGAACACUGCCUAACAUCAGCGUCACAAAAUUGAUUUGGUGGAAGGAGACAGAGGGUGGUCGUGGCAGCUUGUUAUUCAGGUUGGAGGCCUCUGACCAGUGACAUUCACAGGGAUCGGUGCUGGUACUGUCAUUUGUCAUCUAUGUCAACAAUUUCUCUGACAUUGUUGUUAAAUUGAUUAGUGAGUUUGCAGAUGACAACAACAUUGGUGGUAGAGUGGACAGUGAAGAUUAUCUGAGAGUACAAUGGGAUUCAGAUGAACUGGGGAAGUCGGCCAAAGAAUGGCGGAAGGAUGUUGACAUGGACAAGGAUGAGGUGUUGCAUUAUGAGAAGUUCAACCAGGGAAGGAUCUGCACAGUAAAUUCUUGUCCCUUGGAGAGUAUUACAGAACAGAGGGUCCAUGAAAUACAGAAACAUCAUUCACUGAAAGUGACAACACAGGUAGUCAGGAUGGUGAAGGUGGUGUUUGUCCUAUUUGUCUUCAUUGGUCAGGGAAUUGAGUACAGGAUUUGGGAUGUCAUAUGGCCACUGUAAACGUCAAAGUGAAACCACACUGUAUUGUGCACAGUUCUAGUUGCAGGAAGGAUGUCAUGAAGCUUGUUUGAGACUACUAGACAGGUAUAUGGAGGAAUUUAAGGUGGGGGCUUAUAUGGGAGGCAGGGUUUGAGGGUCGGCGCAACAUUGUGGGCCGAAGGGCCUGUACUGUGCUGUACUAUUCUAUGUUCUAUGUUCUAAGCUGGAAAGUGUGGAGGGAAGUUUAAUGAGGAUGUUACUGACACUGGAGGACUUUAAUUAUCAGCAGAAACUUGGAUAGGCUGGGACUCUCUUUCUCUCCCUGGAUGGUAAGAAACUGUGACCGUUCAGAGGUUUAUAAAAUCAUCGGGUGACCAGUCUAUGUGUGAAGGUAGGGGAGUGUAAAACUGCAGGAUAAUUGUUUAAGGUGAAGGGGAAACAUUUAAAGUCUACCUGAGGGUCACAGUUUUGCCACACAGAUGCUGGAGUACAUAUUGAACAUGGAAGUUGUCAACAAGGACACAGUUAUCAUGCUUCAAAGACAUUUCACUUCUCUGAGACUCAGAUGUGGGGGGUGUUGCAUCUUUGAUUAAGGAGACCAACACUGCAGUAAUAAUUGAGGGUUUUGAUGAGGUCUUGUAAGUAGAGGUUUUAAAUAAAAUGUAGUAUGAUGAUUUUGAUGCGAUUAUACUGCCAGUCUCCCGAUAGGGUGAGAUAUUAUGGACCAGACGUGUUGGUAAAUUACACAGAUCACACAGAGGGGUAAUGGGAACAGGCUUACAGCAGUCGGGCAUUUUGACUUCCCCAGUAUUAACCAGAUUACCUUUGUAUGAAAAACUUGAGUUUCCAGGAGUAAUUUUGCAGAUGCAGGAUCAGUUCAUCCCUCAGCAAAAACAGUAUUUGAAAGGGAGGAUCAGGCAA